CAUAACGGAAAACUCCUGACGUGUGGACGUGAAAGUGCCGUGGUCUCUGCGUUCAAUUUUUUCGCGUCUUUCGCUGCUUGUGUUUUGUGUAUUUUUAUUGUUGCCAUUAUUCUUUGCGACUAUACUGCCCGCUACUUAGUAUCCGUUCGCGAAAAAUAAAGAAAAUAUAGGCAAGCAAACAAGUCAACUAAAACAUCCCAUUCAUCUUGUUCUGCCAACUUAUUUCAAAUCGUGAAGCAACCUUGAAAUUUCCACCUUACGCUGGAAAUUGCGAAACAAAAAAAAAACGGAAAAUAUAUUGUUUACCAAAAACUAGUCAAUUAUCACCGAAUUUUGCUAUUUGCAAUGUGACUUUCCAAGUGUGAUCGCAGCUUUUUUGACGUUUAGUUUGGCCUCGAAGACACGCUCUAAAAUCGGUGGACAACGGUAUUCGAUACCGACAUUUUUAAAGUUCAAAAAAGGAUUACGAAUCGUAUUUUGGAUUACUGAUCAAGGAAAACAAAUUGCCAAAAAUGGGCACUAUCGAGAAACGCUCAUUCUCCUUCCGGCUGCGCCGCUCCUUCGGCGACGGUGGGAGCACCAACAGUCGGAACAGCAACAACAACAGCAGCACCUGCACCAACCACAACAACCAAAAGCGGUGCAGCACACCCCUCACGCCGACGAGCACGAGCACCGGCAGAUUGGAGGUGCCGGGAGCGGCCUCAGUGAGCCGGCGGAGCAGCAUCUACAAGAAGCCGGACAAGAACGAUGGCGGCCAGAUUCAUCUCAUUCCGGACGUGGAGCUGCCGCUGAUGACCUUCGCCGACCAGUACAACAUCGAGAAGACGCUGGCCGAGGGCUGCUUCGCCAAGAUUCUGCUGUGCCGGCACAGACCGACCAACACACUGGUGGUCCUAAAGGCGGUGCACGCCGAGCUGACCACGAUCAAGGAGUUCCAGAAGGAGUUCCACUACAACUACGAGCUCUCGCACCACCACCACAUCCUGAGCGCCUACGCAGUGGCCUUCCAAACGAUGGACUACUACGUGUUCGCCAUGGAGCAUGCCCCCUAUGGAGAUCUGGCCUCGAACAUUGGACCCAAUGGCCUGCACGAGAACGCCUGCAAACUGAUCUCGGAGCAGCUGAGCUCCGCCCUCGGCUUCAUGCACUCCAAGAGUCUGGUGCACCGCGAUCUGAAGAUCGAGAACAUACUGGUCUUCACGCCGGACUUCACGCGAGUGAAGCUCUGCGACUUUGGGGCCACCACGAAGAAGGGUCUGCUGGUGCACAAGGUGAAGCACACGUGGACCAGCUGUGUGCCGCCGGAGCAGCUGGAGCUGAUCAAGAACGAGCGGUUCCAGUGCCUGCCAGUCAGCGAUUCCUGGCAGUUCGGCAUCCUGCUGUACAACAUCCUCACCGGAAAUCCACCCUGGACAUCCGCUGACUGGGUAAAGGAUCAGGCAUAUGCCAAUUUCAUGAAAUACGAACAGCGCAAGACGACCAAGGUGCCGGAUAACUUCCGGAGAUUCUCGCCCCGGCUGAUGCGCUGCUUCCGGAAGUAUCUGAGCCACGAUCCCGAGGACCGUUGCAAGAUCACCGAGGUGGCCAAGUACAUGAAGGACCGCUGGGUGGAGUGCCGCAUCUCCACCUCCAAGUCGGCCACCCUCAUCUCGCCCACCAACCACGACCAGGACUCCUGCAUUUACCUCAACCAGCGGGAGGGUCGCCUCUCCGGCGAUGAGAACAAGUUGCGCUUCAAGCGGAUGAUGUCCACCUAUGGACUGGACAUACCCAUCGAUCAGGCGAUGGUGCGACGGCGAGUCUGGGACUGGCUCUCCACCUGCGACGCCAACUUCGAUCCGGAUGUGGAGAGCCUACACGCUCUGGAUCUGAUGCAGUAGAGUAUGGUUCCAAGAAACUAUCUUUCAGAUCCUCAAGAGAUUUGUAUGCUUGGUUACCAUACAGGGAGGCAAACCGAAAUAUAUAAAUGACCUUAUAGACAACUCCGAAUUGUUCAAAAGAUUUAUAAAUUUUUUGAUAAUAUCAAUGUGUAAAUAAGACGAUAUAGCUCAAUCGAAGGAGAGCGGAACUGUUUGAAUUUGUGGAUCUAUAAGAUCGUUUUUGUAGAGCAGAGAAGCCAUUUCUCAAUGGUUCUUUUCUGUUGUUCUGCGAGUGCAAAAUCCCAGAACUGAAUUUAACAUAAUUUUAUAUAGAUGAAAUUUGGUAUAACUAAGUAGUAAGAAUUUGUAGCAUAAUGAAACCCAGUUUGAGAAAAACAACACGUCAACGGAUAAUUUUCCAGUAGUGUUACCUUUCUAGUCUUCCGCCACGAUGAUUUUCUAUAUAAACUCUAUAUAUGUAUUUAGUUUAACGAUUAUAUUUAUGGGUGUACUAUAUAAUGUGUGAUUUACGCGUUACUUACUUUAUGUGUACGGGAUACAAACUAAUGCAAUUACCUAGUUAUAGACUUUAAAGAGAUGUAAGGAGUGCGAUGGUGCAUUCAAGACCAAUUAUUAGAGGACUAAGGUUUGUUUUAUAUUUGUAAUAGACUAUAUAUGUAUUUAUGUAGCUAUCCGCAUUGAUGUGUAGAUGACAUUUACGAGUAUCAAACCAUUUUGUACAUACUAUUUAGUUGCUUAUGACUUUUAAAGCAUACUUAUGUGUAUUUACCAGUUAAUACCCUAUGUAUACCUACAAAAUGCUAUAAAUAUAGAACCGUAAACUGA